AACCUUUAAACCCGGGAUGCUUUUAACGUCGAACAAGUUGCCACUGUCUCCAAAUAGAAGAAAAUGUUACAAUAAAUUUAAAGAAUUACUUCUUUUAACAUAUGCUUAACUUUUGUAUUUACGUUCAUUCUUAAUUUAACGAACGAGGUUAUUAACUGCCUGUCAACAAUGAACGCUAAAACUUUGUUCCGGAUACUUACUUUGGUUUUGUACUCCGCUGCGGCCGUGGGGAAUCUGGGGACGAUGGUGACCAUUCCCGGAGGAAUGCUGAGGAUGGGAACCAGUGCAGCCGAUGGGAAGGACGGAGAGUCCCCCAUCAGGGAGGUGGAGGUCCAGCCUUUUAGCUUAGACAAGUACCCUGUUACAAAUGCACGUUUCAGAGACUUUGUGAGAUCACAGAAGUAUAAAACUGAAGCUGAGACUUUUGGGUGGAGUUUUGUUUUUCAAGACUUUGUUUCAGGGGAGAUGAAGAGCAGAGUUACUCAGAGAAUAGAGUCGGCUCCUUGGUGGUUGCCUGUAGAGCGAGCCUUUUGGAGACAGCCUGCAGGUCCUGAUUCAGGCAUCCUGGAGCAUCUGGACUUUCCAGUGGUUCAGGUGAGCUGGAAUGAUGCUCAAGCUUUCUGCAGGUGGAAGGGCAACAGGUUACCCACAGAGGAGGAGUGGGAGUGGGCUGCACGUGGAGGGCUGCAAGGUCGGACGUUUCCGUGGGGGAAUAAGUUCCAGCCUAACAGGACCAACCUUCAGCAAUCUGGAAAAUUCCCAGAUGUGGAUUCUGCAGAGGAUGGAUACCACGGCACCUCUCCAGUCAAAGCAUUUCCUCCUCAGAAUAAUUAUGGACUGUAUGACAUGAUGGGAAACACGUGGGAGUGGACGUCCACACGCUUCCCAGCCACACAGCCAAUGUACGUGCUCCGAGGCGGCUCCUGGAUCGACACGGUGGACGGAUCAGCCAAUCACAAAGCUCGAGUCACAACCAGGAUGGGCAACACCCCCGACUCUGCCUCUGAUAACCUGGGAUUCAGGUGUGCUGCAAGCCGCGAACAGACACGAGACAAAGCAGAACUAUAGCAACAGAGCGUAAAUGAAAAAGGUGGAUGACAUAAAGAAGGCAGUAGUGAAUGGAAGCUGGGAAGCAGAUCCUAAAUGCCUCAACAGAAACUGGAUUCUUUACUGGUUCUUGGAAAACAUCCAGUGGACAGAAUAAAUUAACUGAACAGAAAGGGGGCGCUCAGUGGUAGUCCUCCUCCUCCUCAGAUUUCUCUUAUUGAGACUUUGACGUGACUGAGAAGAAAAUCAGUGUUCUAAUCCUGUUUUUGCCUUCUGGGUCCUUUCUUUGUCAUCAUGAGGUUUGUUGGACUCAACAGUUGGGGCCCCUUCUGAGAAUUUCAAUCUAGACUCCAGUUUUGAUUCCGUAUCCUGUUGCUGUGUAAAAACUCACGAAAUGAUCGCUGCCUUUCAGCGCGACCACACGAGUGGUUUCAGAAAAACAGCAGAGGUGGAGUUUAAUGAGUUUUCACUUGACUUUCUUCAACCAAACAGGUAGAUGCUGCAAGAUUAAAGUAAACCAUGUGGCUGUUGAAAUAAAUUGUGCAAAUGCUUUUUUUUAUCAUGCAAACUUUUUUUUGGCUUUGCACCUCCACAGUUCCUGUCUGAAACCCUUCUGCAGAUGUGUGCCUCGUGCAUUUUAACGUGAAGCCGUCGUGACGCAUGAAUGUUAAUGCGUCCCUUUUUAAAUAAAUGUCUUUUGCUCAAGA